UGGCGGAAGCAUUUGAAUGAUUAAAUCUUACGAAAAAGUCGAAAAUAAAUCGGUGAAAAUUUAAUUUUAAUCCAUUUAUUUAAUAUUUCUGCAUCGUUUCGUUGAAUUAAACGUUUUAUUUUGAUUAGAAUAAGGAAUUAUUAAGUUAUUAAACGUUAAACCUUUUAAAACAAGUCACGAGUCUCGUGUUAAUAAUACAGGUUGUUGUUCGCUCAAUUUUAAAGAUUAUUUAAAUGGAAAGAAGACAAACUUGAUUUUUCCCCCUGUUCGUUUUUUUUGGGGGGUUCAAGUUCGAUUAAAAAUUGUUUCGAGACGGCUUUCAUCUAUUGAAACCGGUUCUACCUGUUUAAAUGAACAUCUUAGUCCUUUCAAACACAGGUCAGUAGCAGGAUGAAGCUUACAACUAUAUUUACAACUUUAAUAAGUUUAAUAAACUGCAUAUCAUCCGAAAUUCAGUUUCCAACGGAAACUCCAGAAGAAAUAUCAGAUAAAGAAAACUAUUUAAAAUUAAUAAGUUCAAUUAACAAUUUUGCUUUUACGUUGCAUUGGUAUCUUCCUGAAACAGGGAACUUAUUAAUAUCGCCUUUGAGUUUAUGUACAGCUUUAGCUAUGUUGUAUUACGGUGCAAGAAACCAAACUGAAAAAGAAAUGGCUAAGGUUUUGGGCUACGAACAUUUGAGAAUGGAAUCGAAAAAUGUUCAUCGUACCUUUCAAACUCUAUUAAAGAAUACGAAUAAUAAUAAUUCCAAACAUGAUCUAGUAACAGCAAAUGCUGUAUUGUUACAAAAAGACUUUCCUGUUUUGUCGAAUUACAAAUCUGAUAUAGAAGAAUUUUAUAAUGCAACAGUUCAAGAAGUGGAUUUCGCUCGAGAAGGCGAAAUUGUUGUUAAAAUGAUUAACGCGUGGACAGCAUGGAAGACACAAAACAAAGUCGAAGAAUUAAUCAGUGAACCAUUGAGUUCGUUAACAGCGCUUUUUCUUUUAAAUGCAGUUUAUUUUAAAGGAGUAUGGAAAACGAAAUUUGAUCAAAGAAUAACAACUCCAGAUACUUUUUACAACAAUGGUCACAUUCCGAAAACUGUACCCAUGAUGAGACUGAAGACUAAACUAUUAUUUGGUAUAGAUCAAGACUUAAAAGUUUCAGCAUUAGAAUUACCUUACGAUGGUGAAGAACUUGCUAUGAUUAUACUAUUACCUUUCGAGCGUGACGGAUUGAAAGAUUUAGAAGGAUCUAUUUCUGCUAGUGUUCUAAGUAAUAUAUCAUCAAUUUUGAGAAAAAAAGCUGUUCACGUGACACUACCACGUUUUAAACUGAAUAAUAAAUAUGAACUGACUGAACAACUUCGUAAGAUGGGAAUUCAGUCCUUAUUCGAUCCAUCUGAAGCUGAUCUGACCGGGAUAAGUAAGAAAGAAGGCAUUUACGCCACUACUGUUGUUCACAAUGCUGUUUUAGACGUAAACGAACAGGGUGUUGAAGCUGCUAGCGUUUCUGGAAUAGCUGCUGGUGUGAGAAUUGGUCAGCCAUUGACUAAUUAUUUCACUGCCGAUCAUCCUUUUUUAAUUUUUAUUCAUGAUUCAAGAACUCGAUUAAUAUAUUUUAUGGCACGUGUUAAUGAAUUAUAAACGGAUUUUCAUUCUCUUGUUUAUUAAUUAUUAUUUAAUUAUUUAACUUAAAGUUACCGGUAAAAGUGAUUGUAACAGAAUACUUAUUAUAAUUAUUUAAAUGUUUUAAAGAAAUGAAUAAAUUGAUUAAUGUAACACUAAUAAUUUUUAAACUGUCAAUUAAGUUAUAUGACAUUUAAUUUAUUAUCUAAUUUUAAAAUUUGACGCCAUGUAUGUAUAAAUACUCUCUCUACAUACUUCAUUCAUACUUGAAAACCAAAC